CGUUGCGCCUCGUUGGACUGAACGGACGACAUGUGGCUGCACAUCAGAGGGGCUUUUCUCACUUUGUGUUUGGCUUCGACUACGUUGUCGAGCCUGCACCCCGAAUGCGAGUUCAUAUUUCAGCUGGAGAAGGAGGAACGCCACUGCCUUCAGCACAUUGCAGAGCACGGCAACAGAAGCUCAGAAGGUUGUCGGCCAUUCUGGGAUGCGGUCGCCUGCUGGCCUCAUGCGGCCGUCGGGGAAUCGGUCCAGAGAGCUUGUCCUGCCGUCUUUUCCCUUUUCAAAAACAACACAGGUUCAGUGAGCCGUAACUGCACCAGAGGAGGCUGGUCCAGACCUUUCCCCCCGUACCACAUGGCCUGCAGCGUGGAUGAUGACAUACCCGAGACGGAGCAGUCGUACUUUGCCACGGUGAAGCUGAUCUACACCGUCGGCUACAGCCUCUCUCUCGUGGUGCUGGCUGUUGCUGUGUCGAUCCUGUUGCUCUUCAGGAGGCUGCAUUGCGCCAGGAACUUCAUUCACAUCCAGCUUUUCGUCACGUUCAUCCUGAAAGCUGUGGCUGUGUUCAUAAAGGACGCAACUCUGUUCUCAAGUGACGACACCAACCACUGCACCCUUUCCACAUUUGCCUGUAAGGUCUCUGUGGUCUUCUGUCACUACUGUGUAAUGUCCAAUUUUUUCUGGCUCCUGGUGGAGGCGCUUUACCUCAAUUCCCUGCUGCUUUCGUCCUUUUAUCAAAGCCUUCGACUCCUCUGGGGCUUCAGCCUGCUGGGAUGGGGUGUGCCUGUGCUCUUCAUCAUCUUGUGGAUUGGAUCCCGGGUGUAUUUUGAGGACACAGAAUGUUGGGACAUCAACGAGGACUCGCCCUAUUGGUGGAUCAUCAAGGGACCGAUUGUUGUGUCUAUCGCGCUCAACUUCAUUCUCUUCAUGAACAUCAUGAGAAUCCUGAUACAGAAGCUGAAUCCUCGGCUGAUCCACUUCAACAACUCCUCUCAGUACAGGCGCCUGACUAAGUCCACUCUCCUCCUCAUCCCGUUGUUUGGGUCUCACUACAUGGUCUUCAAUUUUCUGCCCGACUACUUCAAUGUUAACCUGCGCUUCUGUAUCGAGCUGUGCAUUGGAUCCUUCCAGGGGCUUCUUUUAUCCAUUCUCUAUUGCUUCCUCAAUCAAGAGGUCCAAAAAGAAGUCCACAUGCAGUGGCUGAGGUGGCAGGGGCGGAGCUACGGUGUGGUGUCACCCGCUGCAAAAUGCAGCCAGAUGGACACGCCCUUCUAGGGGGAGCCUCCACCCUCAUCCGACAGGUCUUCUGCCAAGUGGACUUCCACUGAGGACCGCUUCACUGCCGCUGUCCAGCGGUUGUCGGCCAUGUUUGAGCAUUUUCAUUCCAAACUCAAUGAUAUACUUUUUUUUACCGGCUGCGCUGCUUCUGCCGGAUUAGAGGAACCGGUGUGCACUUGGGGAAUGAUUCGGAGAGUUCAUGACAUUUUUGCACAUUUCAAUACAGAUCCAGCGAAUUGUAUAUGCAUUUCCUAUAAGACACGGUGACGACCAUUUGGGGAAGAUCAGAUUCAAGAUUUGGACUUGUAGACCUCGCCGGUCGAAGUAAACAAUGCACAGAGCCGAGAGUUUAGCCGAAAGAGGAAAGAACCAUCGCCAUCAGUUGUAAUAUAGGUUUUACCCAACAAGCAAAUACGAUAUUUUGCUGAGUGUACAUUUGUAUGUACCGCACAUACCAAAGUUAUAUAUGAUAUAUUGAAAUGUGUUGCCUGUUGAACUUGUGAUAUCCAGAUGUUUUUCUUUUGAAGAUGUAGCCGACCGCCAAGAGACAUACAAGAGAUCCAUCACUAGCUGACUGCUCACAGGACGAUUAAAGAGGCUUCAUAUUUGACUUCCAUAAUAUUCACUGGUAUUAUAACCAUUGUAUUACAUAAUUCAUAUGAUAUAGUUCAUAUUAUCUCAUACCGUGGGAAGCAUUGAUGGAUUGUAAUGAGUUGCUUUCUUUAUUCUUCAAAUGUUUUAUUUAUUAAUUCAGAGAAAAGCUUAAGGUGAAAAUAUUGAAACUUUAUGAAUACAAAUAUUAAAGACUACUCGUGACAGUAAGCAAAGACAUUAGCUGCUAAAAAUACACUCGUGAACUUCAAUGGCACAUUGUUGAGAGCCGCGUCACCGUAUAUUUGCAUGUUGUAUUGUAUGUGUUAUUAACUGCAUGGUUAUAUAAAAAAUGAUACAUCAGGUUAUAUCAUUCCCAUAACCACUAGAUGUGCGUUAGAUCUCUUUUUUUGUGAGACAUUUUGAUUGUUUGUGUUCUUUAUGUGUAAGAAGCUGAACUUUUAACAAGUAACACAACAUAUGUUGUCCCUGCAUGCCCACUUUGACACAAUCUACAACCCUCUUAUUACAAUAGUUUAUUUAAUGUAAAUGAAACGAUCACCUUAAACUAAAAGUAUAAACGUGUCAGUUUUCUCUGUUGUUGCAUUUGGAUGUUGCUGCUUUUCUUGUGUCUUUUCUCUGUAAUGUUUUAAUGCAGGUUCCUGCAAAUUCAGAGCAUAACCAUGCUUACUUUUUAGGGCUCCCUGCAACCUCUUUCACAAAAUGAAAUACAUGCCAUUGUGGCUGCAUGUAGAAGACAUUUAACAAUAUUAAUAAUUGUUUUAGUUUGUAUGUUAUGCACUACAUUUUAUUGUUAAGCUUAUUUAAAUAGUUGUUGAACUGUGAAGUAGUGUGUGCAUGAUCCUGGUGGUAGAGAGGAGACACAUUAAAAAUGAUUAGACUGUUUGUAAUGGUUUCCAAUGGGGAGAAGCAAAUAAAACCAUCACAACACACUAGA